UUCAUACGAUGGGAUCUAAUUAAAAUGCACUCAAGCAAAUAUAUUUCCAACUUUUACUCAUGUUUGCCCCAUUACCUCCCUUCAUAGUUGUAUAUUUAUCAGCAGUCCCUCUACUAUCAAACUGCUUUAUAUUUAGUGUAGUGUUUCAAACUAUUUUAGUAUUUACGAAGAAAACUAGGCUAUAAACAGAGGCGUUUUACGGUGCGUUUUAUCACUGUGUGGUGCCAGCAAGUACCUGAUGAACAGUCGACCACACCCACUCUACUGUUCUGUUUUUUAACCGCUUAACUUUCUUUAAAUAUCCAUCAACAAGAUAUCUACCCAAAAAGUACAAUGAACCUAAUAUGGUUUAGCCUAAUUGUAUUCAGCAUUUCAGCUGGAGUGAAAUAUACCAAAGCCGAUAAUGUCCUGCUACUUUCAUGGCCAUACUUUAGUCACUUACAGAGCUUGGCUUAUGUUGGGAGUGAGCUGAGCAAAUAUGGUCACACCAGUUAUUUUCCGAUGCCAGAUAAAAUGGCAAAAAUGUUUCAGUCAUUCAAAGGUGUUGAACUUUUGAAGAUGAAAGAUGAUCACAAUGUUAACAAAUUUUUUGAAACAACCCUCAACUAUUUUUUGAGUGGGAACUCUACAAUGAAGGAUAUAUUUGAAAUUAUGGAUGAAGUCUGUGAUAAUCUUCUUUUAGAUGAAGAUUGGUUCCAAUAUUUGAAGAAGGUAAAUGCUUCCAUAGCUGUGAUAGACUUUGUCUUUAUGAGUAAUUGUUUGGCAAUAAUUCCUUAUAGAUUAUCCAUACCAUUUGUGUUUCUAGGUAUCAAUCCUGGACCACCAAUUCUUAGUCGAGAUCCCUGGCUUCCAGCUGUUUUCACUUCCAUAGGUUUUCAAGACCCCAACAAAAUUACGUUUUUUCAAAGGUUGAAAGGUGCUGUUGGAGCAUAUUACAUGUAUUUUGCAAAGCCAAGGGGCAUGCCUUCAAGAAGUGUUAAAGAAUACGCUCCAGAGAAACCUGAUAUUUCAUUUCGUAGUCUCUUACACCAGGCAGAAUUGUAUUUAACUGAAACUGAUUUUUUACUGAGCCAGCCUCUGCCAGCACUUCCAAAUGUUAAAUAUAUUGGUGGCGUGUCAACACGUAAAGCAGCUCCAUUAGAAGGUGAUGUCAAAAAAUUUGUCGAAAAAUCUAAGAAUGGACUCAUUGUUGUUUCUUUUGGAAGUAUUGUCAGUAAAGUACCAGAAGAACAUAUACAAAAGAUGGAGAUGGCUUUUAAAGCAAUAAAAUAUGAUGUGAUUUGGAAACUAUCACCUUCAAAGUAUUUAGCUCCAAACAUUUUUGUAACAAAAUGGCUACCGCAAAAUGAUCUUUUGGGUCAUCCAAAAACAAAACUCUUUAUUACACAUUGUGGUAGUAAUGGUCAGUUUGAGGCUCUCUACCAUGGAGUGCCUAUGCUUGGUUUUCCAGUCUUUGCAGAUCAGUUUCACAAUGGUCACCGAAUGCAAGUAAAGGGAUAUGGAAUCUCGAUGGAUAUGUUUAAUUACACUAAAGAUGAGCUUGUUUCAACCAUUAAUGAACUGAUUGUAAAUCCCAAAUAUAAAAACAAGAUUAAACAAGCAAGUGAAAUAUUCCGUUCUCGUCCAGAAAGUCCUGCAGCUAAAGGUGCACGCUAUAUAGACAAUGUGAUUAAAUAUGGUGGAAAUUACAUCAGAUCUCCCUUUCAGUCUAUGCCGCUUUACCAAUUUCUCAUGCUGGAUAUAUAUGCUGUGUUUCUGACUGUAAUUAUUGUCUCACUGUGUUUGGUAAAAUUUGUCAUUCAAAAAUGUUACCGAUGUUGUUGUGUAAAAAAGAAGAAAAUGGAUUAAAAUAAAAAAUAAUUUUACAAUUAUAAAAACUUUAUCAAUAAAAUAGUAAAA